GUGCUUCAUGCGGGCGCUCUCCCUUGUUCUCGUCUCAGUCGUUUUAUGCAUUCUGCUGGCGGUGGUUGCCAGCGUCCGUUCAUCGAUCAAGUGGUGCAUUCCAGUGCGAUCCAGUAAGGGGCUGACCCACUCCAAAGCAACACAGCACCACAGCACGCCACCUUGAUGCCGAGGCUGCAGCAAGAUCGGUUUAGCCAUGGAAUCCAGCCAUUUAGCCGUGAUAAUGGGUAAGGUUGAAGACAGAUAAGCACGUGGCUUGAUAAGAUAGCCAAAAAUGGGUGAGAUACAUUAGCCGGAGAUGCUGUUAGCAUCGCACUUAGUGGCAAGAUGCCGAUCUUCGUAAGCGGCUAUAGUCUGCGCGCGAUCAGCAAGUACUAUGACCAGCAAGAUCAGAGUGGUCUGGACAAAGUGUGCCACUUGGCUAAUCAUCUGCACACUUUUAUCUUGGCUAAGCUACAUAAUGUGUUCUUUGCUCUAUAUUUCGCUACGAUAGCCAGCCGUAGUCCCUCGCCAGCUGCGCUCUCCCAAUCUUCGUACGGCAGUUUUGGUUCGGUUGAGGAGCUCCACAUUCGCGUCGACAAGGAUUGCGGAGUCAGCGAAUCCACUCCCUUGCUGGCGGCCACCCAGCGAUUCAAUAAGUCGGCCGCGAUUGCAACCUCCUCAUCCCCCUCCUCCACUGAAGCACAGAUCCUCUCGAAAGACUGCUUUAAUUGGUGCUCGGUGGCGUUCCUGCUCAUGUGCGCCUCUGCCUUGGGACUGGCGAUCUAUUUACUCUGGAGACAAACCCAAAUGCCGGACUUUGGCUAUCGGCUCAGUCUCGUCGAGCAUGAUGUAUGGUCGGAAGUGAAUCUGCAAGGUCAGGGAACUCCAUUGAAUCCGCACAAAAUCUUUUCCGUGUUUUUCACCCACACGGAGAGCGAAGAGUGCAGUGAGGAUUGCCCAGCAGUAUUACAUAAUAUGCAGAGUUCUUUUCCGGGGGAGCUGCCCUAUAAUUUCCUGAUCGCUGGUGAUUGUCUGGUUUUUGAGGCUCGAGGUUGGCGAUAUGAGAGCAGUUACUCCAAGAAUCUGCCACUAAAUAGCUCUCUGGUAAUUGCCUUUGUGGGUGACUUCAACCGGAAACCACCCAGCAACUGUCAGUUAAAAGCAGCCGAGGCUCUGAUCCUGGAAUGCCUGAAACGCAGGAAACUGCAACCGGACUACAAGCUCUUUGUGAUCGGCAACCAUGCGGAGGCACUGCAGCAGGAGCUGAAAAACUGGCCCCACUACUGCGUCCACAAGGGGAUCGAAUGA